GGCACCACAAAUGUACUUAGCCGGGCGUGACUGACCAUGGCCACAACACACGGGGGUCUACCUGCACCAGCGUUCCAACGUGGCGAAACUCCAGCUCUUCAGCUGAGUGGUAGGCGUAACUUGCGCUUUCCGCCGAACCGUGAUGUCCUACGACCGCGGGGGGCUGCACCAAAAGGACUGCCACUUCCCUUUGCACGAAGUAGCAAUCGUGGCACUGGGUGGGUCUUGGUUUUGACGUUUCUCUCGUCGGCCGUGGCCAACAGAGUUGCCAAUCGCAUCCUUUUGGUCCCCAUGGCUAAGCACAGCUUGUUUCUUUCAUUGGCCACCAGUGCUGCCCAGUUGGCUGCUUAUGCCCUGCUGCUUCUCAGCCGUUCCUGGCAACAGCCUUCUGGUCGUCCGUUUCUCCUUUUCGUGGCCGAUUUCUGGAUUCCUUUGUUCCUGACUGGGCUGUGUGAGGGGUGCUUUUAUCCCUUGGUUUUUUCAGCAGCAGCGAAGUUGCCGGGCGGUUUGGUCCAGGUCUUGAACCAGUCCAUUGUCCCGUAUACUGUUCUUUUCAGUGCGCUCCUGAUGGGCCGUUCCUAUGAGCCUUUGCAGCUGUUGGGAGUUGCUGUGGUUCUACUUGGCGUCCUGUUUGCUGUGGGGAUGCCCCUUGGCGCCCUUAGUUUGCAAGGUGGCGUCUGGCAGGAUGUGCUGCAGUGCACUGGUGCCUAUUCCUUGCUUGCCAUGGGGGUGACCUUGAAGGAUCUAGUUUUCAAGCAGUCGCAGACUGGCGAGGUUCAGAUGCCUCAAGACCUUAUUAUUCUAACAGUUUGCGCAGCUUGUGCAGCAGUUCAAAUUUCGGUGCAGCUGCUGGCAUUUCCCCUGGCGGUGCCGGAGCUGGAGCAGCGUAAACGUCUAAUCUCUGCUGGAUGGCACAGCCUUUUGGGAGCCUCAGCACCAGCAGCUCCAUGGAUCGCAUUGACAUACUGGGCGUGCAACGUGGCCUUCAGCCUUUGCACCUUACGACUUGUGCGAAAAGCUUCAGCGGCCACAGUGGUUUUGGCCAAUGUUGCAGCCUUGCCACUGAGCGCGCUAGUUUUCUGCUGCCCUCUUCCACUGCUGGAGCGACAGCCUUUCCGGUGGUCGUUUGCUUGUAGUUUGAUCUUAGUGGUCGUCGGCAACUUGCUUUAUGGAAGCACCUCCUGGCGAAGAAGGUGAUAACUUGAGGGCUGCAUGAAUUCGUUGAAACAUACCGCAGUCCAUCAAGCGGAUUUGGCAUGCAUAACUUGCAAGAGAGCUCAAGCGAGCA